UCAUUAGAAGUAUAGCAACUUAAAAUGAAAAUGUUCAUUAUUUGUACAAUUUUGUUAUCAGUUGCAUUACAAUAUAAUGUAUAUUCUAGGGAGUUAGGUCAAAAGCAUCUGUACUCUCUAGAGGAGGCUCCAACACUUUUCGAACAGUUUAUAAAAGAUUACAAUAAAGAGUAUGAUGAGAGCGAGAAGGAAGAAAGGUUUAAAAUAUUUGUGAACAAUUUAAAGGAUAUUAACGCUAUGAACGAGAGGAGUUCGAAUGCUGUUUACGGUAUCAAUAAGUUUUCGGAUCUGAGCAAAGACGAAUUCGUGAAAUUUUAUACCGGUCUGAAACGAGAAGAGAGUCCAUCGAAUGAGGAUCAUAAAAAAACUGAUUUGCCAAAAUCAUUUAAUGUUACUGCACCGGAUCAAUUUGAUUGGCGAAAGAAAGGAGUUGUCAGCAGCGUAAAGUUUCAAGGACAUUGUGUUUCAUGCUGGGCAUUUAGUGUGGCUGGUAAUGUUGAAAGUAUAAAUGCUAUAAAGACUGGUAAGCUCAUAGACGUGUCUGAGCAACAACUAGUGGAUUGUGAUGAGUGGAAUUCUGGAUGUUCAGGAGGGAAUGCGUUGUUGGCGAUGAGUUAUUUCCUCGAUAAUGGUGCAAUGUCCUUGGAGUCUUAUCCUUACGUUGCUAAAGAAGGACAAUGCAGGUAUAAUAGCAGUAAAGUUGUAAUCAGAUUAAAGGACUAUCAAUACAUUAUAGAACUGUCGGAAGAUGAAAUUAAGGAAUAUCUUUAUAAUAUCGGACCGUUGAGUAUAGAUAUAGAUUCAUCACAAAUUCAUCAGUAUAAAGGUGGAAUUGUUAUUAAGGAGUGUCAAGAAGUCUACAGCACCAAUCACGCAGUUCUUUUGGUAGGAUACGGAAAAGAAAACGGCGUUGAAUACUGGAUUGUCAAGAAUUCCUGGGGUCAGAAUUGGGGGGAAAAAGGUUAUUUUAGAAUACAGAGGGGAGUGAAUUGUUUAUUGCUAGCUAAAGACGGAAUUAUAACAGCUGUUAUAUAAAUCAAGAAAAAGUAUUGAAUGUUUACAAUUAAUUAUUGCUUGUUAUCAUUCGUGUUCCUCUUACAUCAGGUCAAUUCGAAGUCUAAAAUAGAUCAACAUAUCAAAAUUAA